AGGCCCUUCCCGGCUGCGGGGCUCGCUCGCUCAUUGCCGGCUCGGCUCCCGCAGCUCCCGGACACCCCGGACACCGCCGGACACUCCCGGACACCGCCGGACACACCGGACACACCGGACACCCGUGCUGCCGCUGCCAGGAUGUCGCCUCCCGUGGCCGCGCUGACCCCCGAGCAGAAGAAGGAGCUGGCGGCCAUCGCCCAGCGCAUCGUGGCCCCCGGCAAGGGCAUCCUGGCUGCCGACGAGUCCACUGGCAGCAUCGCCAAGCGCCUGAGCUCGGUGGGCGCCGAGAACACGGAGGAGAACCGGCGCUGGUACCGGCAGCUGCUCUUCACGGCCGACAAGCGCGUGGAGCCGUGCAUCGGCGGCGUCAUCCUCUUCCACGAGACCAUGUACCAGAAGGCCGACGACGGGCGCCCCUUCCCGCAGGUCAUCCGCGACAAGGGCGCCCUGGUGGGCAUCAAG